AUGCAGGGAGUUAAUCAAGACUUUAGUUUUACUGUGGAACAGCUAACGUGCUGUCACUGCCUAUCAACGUGCUCUGCCUGUGAUAAACACAGGAAUCAUUUUAAAAAAGGCUACAGAGCAAGAUUCUGCCAUGGAGAAGGAACUAAGAUUGAUGUGCAGCCAGGUCAAAAUGUACUGAAACUCGUACAGGAUUGUUUUGAAAGUUGUGGUAAUGAUCUUACAAUAAGCUCUCCAAGUGCAACCCACUGCUCAACUCCUGUUAGCAGCAGGAAGAGGACUUCAACACAGAGCCAAAGCGCAGGGUUAACUAAGUCUGUGAAAAGAGCCUGUAAUUCUGCAGAGUCCUUACCUGCAUCACCACUAAAAAGAGUCAGCAGCAGAGGACAAUCACAUGAAUCGCCCCCGAAGUGUGCAAUACAUGGUUGCGUAGCUGAUUCUAAUAACCUACAGUCUUCUGUGUCUAAAAGAGAAGCAAAUGAUAUAUUAAAAGAUGUUGAAGCACUAUGCGAAAGUCCUGCCGUGUCUUUGGACUCUGAGGAUGAUUAUGGGUCUGUUGGAUCACCUCUUCUUGUGGAGGAAGUGAGAAGUUCUCCGGAAUGUAUAUCACAUUUUGGUGACCGAAAUGCUCCUGCUGCAGUGAAGAGCUGUAUGGAAGUUGAAAAUUUGGAAGGACCUCAGACUGGGAGAGAUGAGAAGGUUGUUCUUGUGCAAGGAACACAAGGUGUUGCUACGUCUUCUGUACAGAAACAGAAGUCUUUCUCUUCCAUUGUCUUAGAAGCUGUAGCAACAGGAGCACGUGGAAAAAGGUAUUCAGCCUCAGUAUCACCACCAUCACCUCCUCCUGUGAAAGAUCAAGAUAUAGAAAUAGAAAAUGAAUGUGAAUUUUUAAUUGAGGAAUCAGAUUGGCUUUCAAUACCCUGUAAGAACAAAAAACCAAAAAAAGAUGGCCCUGCAACUCCUGUUUCUAAAUCUCAGCCAUCUGAAAAGGAGAAGACAGAGAGUAAGAAAGGCAAGAGUGGAAAAGCACAGAUUGAAGCACUUACUGAAGAGGAAAUGGAUGAUUUGGAUGUCAGAGUACAUGACUUCAAAGGAACAUCAGAAUCAGAUCCAGCAUCUAACAGUAAAGGAAACGUACUUCAAUCUCAAAGGCAAACCAGUACUCGUAUGGGAAAAACUGAAAAGGCUGCACUUGGACAAGGCUCUUCAAAACAGAAAAACAACACGCCCUGGAAACCAGAAGCUGAAGAACUGAUGUCGUCAUCGUCUGGAUUGAAAACAAAAGCAUCUGAUGCAGAACAACAUAAAACAAAUGUCGUGACAAGUGAGGAUUCACCUAUGCCUUCAACUGCGCAUCCGCAAGAGCAGACUGUGUCUCCAAAAAAGAAUCUCAGGUCCUCCAAGCGUCUACAGUCGGCUUCAAAAGCUGCUCAGCAUUUAGUUCACGAGCAACAAACUGCUAAGCAGAAACUUCCAAAAGCUACAGCAGCUAAGAGACGGGCAGAAACUCCAAGGAAGAAGCUUAAAAAAUCUGGCAAGAAAAUUAGUGCUAAAAAGCCUCAGUUAAAAAGAAAGAAGAGUUCUAAAAGUGAACCUGGAGAAGAAGAGCUUGAAAGAGAGCUGGUAAAAUCGAAUGAAGUGUUUACCUCAUCGCCGCAUCAGAAAUUACAGACUUCCAGGAUUCGGAAGUCGGCUAAGUCUGAAACGCCUAAAAAUGUAGCGCACACGGAGUCACUUGGUGGUGCAGAUAGCGAAAUUGUUAAAGCACUACAGCAUCUCAUAGACAGUGUGAAGAAUUCUGAAAAGAAACAUUUGUCAGCUAAGUCUUCAGGGAAGACACCCAAAAAGAGUAGUGGCAGAAUCAGUAAAGGUGUUUGCUCAAACCCUGAGGACACUGAGUCUCAAACAGAUUCUGACAGCUCUUCUGUGCAGGACACGGCCAGAAGAAAACAGAAGUUAUCAGCUGUGAAAAUAAAAAAUAACAAAAGAAAACAUAACACAGAACAUGGACUACAAGAUUACUUUGCAGCUGAGGCGUCCAUGGGUUGUGAAAGCGGUCCUGUUCUAGAACAUCGUGAUAAAUUUGCUUCCAGAAGUAAGUUUUGUGAAGAGGAUAAUACAUCUUCAGAUAGUUCUGAAGACUUUAAUCGUCAAAUAAAAGAACUGUUGUCAGACAAGGUAGCAAGGCGUAAAAUAGUGAUGCCUUCCAACACACCUAAUGUUCGUCGGACAAAAAGAAUACGACUAAAACCUCUGGAGUAUUGGCGAGGCGAGCGCGUUAACUAUACGAUGGGGCCUUCAGGAGGACUUAUGAUUAGUGGAAUAGUAUGUCCAGAAACAGGACCUCAGAGGCAGAUUAAACAGAGGAGUGAUGGUGACAAGCAGCAAAGAUGUGAAACAAGAAGUGACAUACCUGCAAAUUUGAAUCACAUCCUAGCUGAUGCUUCAAAGCCAACUCCUGUACUGGACCCAGUAACAAAUAAGGAAGUACUUCUAGAAUGUGUUAACACUGAAAGCAGUCACACAUGCGUCUUCAGAGAUGAAACAGUAGAAGUAUACAAAAAUUUGAAUACAUCUGCUUUUGCCGUUGGUAGAUUGAUUUUGAAACCACUUAAAGAAAAGGGACAUCAGUUUGUUCACAUAGAUACAGUAGCCUUCCAUGUUAUCCACGGCAAAAUUAUUGUUACCUUACAUAAGACAUCAUAUUAUCUGACUACAGGGGCCUACUUCUAUGUUCCAGCAGGAAAUGGAUAUAACAUACGUAAUCUUCUGAAUGAAGAAAGUGUUCUUCUCUUCACACAACUCAAAAAAGACAGAACCAAGAGCAAGAAGCAUAUGUUGGAGACCUCUUCCCCAUCACUUUGCCUGCAAAUUGAAGAUCAUCUAGUGCAAAGGAAUUCUGAAGAACACUGUAACUACCAUCACACUGGAAACACGCUCCAGUGUGUUGUUUCAUUGAUCUUAAAAGAUCUAGUGUAA